AUGCGCCUCAUGUUUCGCUGGCAGGCCGUCCAAAACACCCCUACAGACUACAGCAAGUUCGUGAUCAAAGUGAUACCCCGCAUGCACCGCGUAGCCACGACCGACGCAGCUGCCCCAUCUAAUGAUACCACCGGCACACCUUCCACUUCCACUUCCACAUCGCAAAAUAUUAUUGACCAGAAAGUCCUGCGACAUUGCAUAAACCUCUCGUCGUCCUACCUGGUGACGGACGUUACACUGAACCCCGAACGGGGCAUCUCUACCUGGUUCACCGGAUUUAACCGGUUAAUGGACAUUGUCUGUGCCCUGCACGCACGGGGCGAACUGGAGUUGGAGACGAUGAAUAUUGCCAGUAAAGCCUGCUCCGAAUGCUGGAGCAUUGGAGGAUGCUGGAAGGGUCUCGAAGAAGCAAGAGAUUGCGUGAAGGAGGUGGCAACACGGUUGAAGAAGUUGCUUGACGAGAACGGAAAGACAUACAAGGGGGAACGAAUUUAUGCCCCCUGA